AUGUCAGUGUCUGUCCAUCCGGUGGGUACUCCGCCUGCUACAGACACGUCAACCCCGAUGACUGCAGGCAAGCAGUCUGCGCUCCUAACCAAAUCAAAUAAUCCUGUUGGCGACCCAGUCAACGAUGCAACCAGAGACCCUAAAUUUGGCCCAGGCACCGGUCAAGCUUUCUUCUCAACGGGGCUUGGUGCUCGCGCCCCUCGUUCUCUGGGUGACAACUGCCCGCCUGUUAUCACACGUAGCGUCCAAAAUCCCGCAGUCGUAGCACAGGCAGCAUCGUAUUGGCAGAUCAAGUACAAGAGCCAAUGUCUUUGCAUCCUCCCUUCACAAGGAUGGACUGUCGAAGAUCUUUGGGACGCCGAAGAUAUCCAUGUCGAGGGCAGGAAGUUCUGUGAGGAGAUGCUAACCUUCAUCUCACGGAGCACCUACUACUGGACGGAUAGAUUCGCUAGAGACUGGGCGCGAGCACAUCCUGAUCGAGUCGACUUUACCGGGCUUGAGAUGGGGAACGUCUACAACACCAACGAUUCACUUGACAUUGUUGACAAGAUCUUCAUCUUUGGGGAGCCCAUAGACUUCCCUCGUGUGUUCCUUUGGCACGUCGCUUACAUCUUGGUUGGUACCUGGAUUGAGAUGAACAAGGCCAUGGAUGCGACGUUGCGUACAAGCCUGAUCCCACAAACACAUGCCGGGGAACAAAAGAUCGCCAGUGGAGAGACAAAGCCUUCGUCUGUCCUUCACAGUAUGUCAGACAGGAAGAAAACCAAGCCUUCGCCUGCUGUUGAAAAGCUACAUCUCACAACGAUCAUGGCUUCCGGAGCGUCAGAUCUGCCCGAUACCCGCCUUCUCCCUCAGCGCAUCCCAUCGCAAGGCCCCAUACAACCUGGAACCCAUUCUGGUCUGAUGAGAAGCGGUAACGCGGGUGUCGUCAUGGGGUCUCCUAGAGUGUCGCCCAACCUGCAUGUGCCACCCUUGGUCAUUCCAAGAGCCAACCGCAACAUGGGAUCUGGGUCUUAUGGCCAGCGAGAUGGCUGGAUUGAGAACAGUAACCGUACUACGUACGGUGCGUACCCACGACAGCCCUCUGUUACUGUACCCAACAUGCAAUCGCCCUCAUUCUUGCCCCCGCAGAUGGCAAUGGGCCAACAAAUCCCACAUGCAAUGAUUCCGGGCUUACCUCCCUACGUUCAGAUGACUCCCACUGGGUAUGGCUUUCAGCAACCUGAUCUUGGGAUGAUGUCUCGUGCGCACAUCAAUUACCAGCAAGGCAUGAUGCAGAAUCAGCCCACGAACCCAGCAUUUCCCCAUUACCCGAACGAUCAGAAUAUCUCUGUGGGCGACAUGAGCAACAACAUGUACCAUACUAAUAGCAUGAUGUAUCAACACCAGGACCCUCGCGCGCCGAUGCCUCGUCGGGUCAACCAGCGCAAUGCCCAAGACCUCUUCGAUCCUUACAGCGGCAACAACCCUAAGUUUAAUGGUGCACCAGGAUACAACAGCGGACCCCGAAAGGGUGGCAAUAACAGCUUCGUGCCUCAGCCUGGUCGUGGACGCAAGGUGUCGAACAUGAGUGGGCGUGAUGCGUAUAGCAGAUCCAACGCCGAUGUCAGUGCCAAAGGACCACCUGGCGGACCUCGCAACCUUGACUUCAACGCUCGACGGCGUCUUUCUGAGGAUGAUCCGACCAUUACUGGCGACUCUGUCUCUGGUUGCGGUCAUACAUGGAUUGGGCCAAAAAACUUGACCGUGAAUGAGCUUUGGAUCGGAGACUUGCCGCCGGAUGUGAGAGAAGAUGAGAUCAUCCAGCUGUUCAAGCAGACUGUUGACGUUACUGCCACUGUAAUCUCCCUGCGGAGUAGACUUCCGCAAAAUGGUACUCAUGCUUUCGCUACAUUUGCUUCAUGCGCGGAAGCUAAGGUAGCUUUGGGCAUCACGAAGCUCAAUCCUUACCUUCGAGGCGGCCGUCUCACCGUGACAGUACCGAGGCGUUUCUUCCAGAAGGACACACCCUCAACCUCAGGCUACUUUGAUCAGUCACUUACCGGGAAGGUAACCGAUCACACAAAUCGUGAUGUUACACGCACCAUGACUCAGCAAGAAGAGAAGACUAUUAGGGAUGCAGAUCCAGACCCGACUACGGCGAAUGGCAAGGCAUUGUACUCUCCCCAGGAUGCUAGAAGCGGCCUGUCGAAGCCACCCACAGAGACAGCAAUCAAAGACCGCCCGGAGAUGGAAUGUACUAAACUCGAUAUGUUCAGACGCCAACAGAAGUCCCCUACGAAGAGGAAUAAAGGCAAAGGCAAGCGCGAGUCACCGGUCAAAAACAUCAGCUCAGUAGAGAAGAUUCCAAAAACAUCUGAGAAAAUGAACACCGAUGAUCCGACUAUCAUCGAAGAGGAAAAUUUUAGCACGAAGUUCAUAAAUACGAUUAUUGAGCCUACGAAGCUAGAGUACAUUGACGGCAGAACUUUGGGCCAAGAACUUUCAUUUCCUGUAACUGCUGCUAGUCCAGCUGUUGAUCAGCCGGUAGAUGCAGCACGCGAAUUGACACUACAACUUGCCGAGAAUUUCGAAGCGUCCGAUAUUGAGCAUGACGACGAAGAGUUCCUGACGGAACUGAAGCCUGACACCUCGCUUUCCCCUAUGCGCAUGCAGUCAAAGAUCUCGGAAACCACAUCUGAUACUGUUCCGAUUACUGAAAUCUGCAAGAUCACGAGUGUCGGGAUGUUCAACACACUUUCGAAGGAAUUGUCCUCGCGAGUAGUAGACGAUAGCCUCUCGGAGGACGAAGCCAAGAAUGACAAUAGCUUCCACUCGGCGCCAGAAGUUCAGCCUGAGUCUGUGCAAGUAGAGCCUCAACCGGGGAUUGAAGACAAGGCGAUAACCGCGAAGCAAGUUAUCUCAGAAUCACCGCUUGUAGCUGCUAAGGCUGAUGUGCGUGAUUUGCAAACAUUACAAACUCAGCGCUCUAUUACUCAAUUCGAAAAGCCUGCAUCCGUGCCAUUGAAAGAAGUGGUCACGCCCCAAGCUUCAGGUUCGGAAGAUUCGCAAGAGCGCGCAAUGAGCACUACAAGCGAUACUGCGCGCAAAUCUGCUCUAGAUAGCGCAGCAACUUCGACAACUACAGAAGUCUCACCUACAGAUGUGAGCAAGAAAGCUGGCGCUUCGCAAAUACAGUCGCUUCACCCAUUUGCGAAGAACAAGUUCCAGGCAAAGAAAGAGAGGGAGGCCAAAAAGAAGCAGCAAAAGAAAGAAGACGCCGAUCGCAUCGCCAAGGCAAAGGCUGAGAAGGCCACAUCUUCGAAUAAGCAUAACGAAGGUCUUAUCGUUCAGCCUAAUGCAGGGUCACUUGAGGACUUCACAGAAUCAUCCACGACUAGAGAUGCGGUUACCAAACUGGGAGUAGCACACUCUAGUCCCAACGGCGAUACAACGACAGGUAAAAAGAAGUCUAAAAAGAAGGCAAAGGCGGCAACUUCAGAGACCGGCUCUACAGAUCGCGAAAAAAAAGCCAAAAAUGAGGAAGAGACUGGUAAGCUCGAUGGUAUUAUCAAAGAUUCCAAGGAGAUCCCUUCAAUAACUCUUAAGGCGGAAAAGGCGAGAGAACACAAUACCGAUCCAGUCAAGCAGGAAUCCUUGGAUCGAUCUGGGGCAGUAUGGGUUGCUGAACCCACUUCCUCACGUGCAUCACCUGCCCGUCCAAUGACCACCAAAGCACAAACCUCUACCAAAAACAUGCCGGCUGAAGUAAAUGACCCCCCGAAACUCACUUACAAUCAACCUACUCACAUUACAGGCCCUCUAGUCCCUCAGAAAGACUCAAAUCUAGGUCUCGCUCUUCCGUCUUUUGCUCCGAAUGACCACUUUCACUCUCAGCACAGUACCCCAAUUCAAGAGCACAUAUCUCGCAGCUCUUCCCCUUCCACAUUAGUCGGAGACGAGGACGAAAUGUCACCGUUUGUUCACUCCAUGCCUGCCCCCAAGCUCCCGAAACUCGCGCAGCUCGUUUCUGUUUCUGCUGAAGCACCCUACCCCAAUACUUCCAUGACUACAACACCCAAAAAGAAAAAGAAGAAGUCCAAAAAGAACAGAAACAGUGCUUCGAAUAUGCCUAAUUCCACACAACCUCACAUAUCUGGAAACGCCCGUGGAUCUGCCGGCCUUGAUGAGGACUAUCAUACCUACGAUCCUUUCGCUUCGCAACUGAGCCAUAUCGAUGCCAUCCGUCGUGCGGUUACUUAUGACACCUCGUCUUACUUUGCACGCACGAAUGCACGAAUCGAGAAGGAAGCCGAGGAGCGCAAGGAAGCUGGCCAAUCUCCCAAAGCGAGUAGAUUCUGCUCCACACUAAAGGGAGACGUAGCUAAUUUGUAA